AUGAUCCAAACAAGCAUAGAAGAGCAUUCAGAUUGGUUUUAUAAACAACAAAUAAAAAGGAAAGCUCGUAAAGAGUCGGAUUUUUACACCAUUUUUAACCCUUUUGAUGAAGAGUGUUUGAAAAAGUAUGAAUAUGUUUCUAUCCAAGAAAGAGAUAAAAUAAUUGAUAUUCUUGAUGAUACUUGUUUGAAGGAGUAUGAACUUAAUUCUAUUCAAGGAGAUAAUCUUUAUAAUAAUGGCAAUAACUAUACCAAUGGAAAUGUAAAAGGAAAGAAUGAAAUGUGUAUAGAAGUACCUGAAGAGACAACCCUAGCAACAUAUAAAAAAUACUAUCCAGAAGAAGAUAAAAUAUCUGACAUUCUUGAUGAUGCUUGUUUAAAGGAGUAUGAACUUAAUUCUAUUCAAGGAGAUAAUCUUUAUAAUAAUGGCAAUAAUUAUGCUAAUGGAAAUGUAAAAGGAAAGAAUGAAAUGAGUAUAGACGUACCUGAAAAAACAAUCCUAGCAACAUAUAGAGAAUAUUAUUCAAUAACAAGAGAUUUAUUGAAAUUAAUUUAUGAGAAGAAUAAUUUAAAAAACUCAAAGAUAUUAGAGUUGGAAAAUGAAAGGUAUCUUCAAUUCAAUUAA